AUGGCCGCCUUGAACAGAUUUGUGAGCCAGUCGGCAGACAAGCAGAUGCCCUUCUUCACAACCUUGAGGCAAAACAAGAAAUUCAAAUGGGGGCCGGCAGAGCAAGAGGCUUUUGAAUCUCUAAAAAGUCACCUGAAGAACCUACCAACAAUAGCAAGGGCAAAGGAGGGCGGAAAAUUACAGUUGUACAUAUCGGCGUCACCAAAAACAGUCGUAGCAGUACUGGUAGCCGAAACAGAAAGCAAAGUGCAGCAACCAGUAUAUUUUUUGAGCCAUGUGCUAAACGGCCCAGAAACAAGAUACACGUUGGUGGAGAAAAUGGCAUAUGCAGUCCUUAUCGCGGCUAGAAAGUUAAGACCAUACUUUGAUGCGCAUACAAUCGAAGUCCUGACAAACUUCCCUCUCGAAAAAGCCAUUAGCAAGCUAGAUACAUCAGGCAGGCUGCUAAAGUGGGCAAUAGAGUUGUCCGAAUUUGACUUGGAAUUCCGGCCAAGAACUGCAAUCAAAGCUCAGGCAUUGGCGGACUUCAUAGUUGAAGCGUCAUACCAGGAGGAUGAAAUACAAGCUGAAGUAUGGGAAGUGUCAAUGGAUGGUUCAGCCGCGCAGACAGGCAGUGGGGCUGGAAUAAUCAUGAAAUCGCCAGGCGGAGAUAUUUUUGAGUAUGCUGUAAAAUUUACGUUCGCCGCGUCAAAUAGUGAGGCAGAGUACGAGGCAGCAAUCGCCGGCAUCCAAAUGUGCCUCGCAGUAGAUGCCAAAAGAGUAACACUGACAACAGACUCCCAGCUAGUAGCGAGUCAGUUCAGCGGAGAAUACGAAGCCAAAGAACCUUCGAUGAUAAAAUACUUGGAAAAGUUGAGGUCAGUGUCGGCCCAGCUAGAGAAACUCAUUAUUAAUCUGGUACCCCGGGCAGAAAAUACGCUGGCAGAUGCGCUAUCAAAGUUAGCAAGUUCGAAUAUCGCCGACUUAAAAAGAACAGUCAUGAUGGAAGUCAUGAAUAGGAGGAGUACGGAGUCGGAAGAGUUACGGGUCAUGGCCAUCACAACUGCUUCAGAGUGGUACGAUAAUAUCCAAACAUACAUACAGACCGGAGCCCUACCAGCAGAUUUGGCAGAAGCCAAAAAGACAAAAAGGGACGCGGUUUGGUACAUCAUCCUGUGGGGACGAAUGUACAGAAAGUCAUUUAGCCUGCCAUUUUUAAGAUGCCUGACAGCAUUCGAGUCAGCAAGGCUGAUCGAAGAGAUGCACGAGGGGACGUGUGGGAACCAUGCCGGUGGAAAACCCCUUGCCAUCAUUUGCCAAAGGCAAGGCUAUUACUAG